AGUAGCACAGAGCACGGUCUACGCAUAUCUGCCGACAGCGACACGAUACGCGGUCCGGGCACUCACAGUUCACACGCUGUCCCUGCCCCCGGCCUCUCCCACACCAGUUGGCACUGCACUUACAUACAGUCUUUGGGCUUGUAGCAGUCAAUGCGGCGCAGUCGAUGAGCAGCUCAGCACGGAGCGGGGGCGGGCUGCUGCGACGCGCCUGGCGGGCGGUGGACCGGUUCCUGUCGGUUGACCUGCAGCCGGAGCCGCUGGUGGUGUACUCGUUCAAGUCAUCACGCGAUGUCGCUGCUUGGAACGUCUUCUCGGACUCCAGCUUUGGAGGUCUUUCUAAAGCUGCAUUUGAGUUAUCCGAAAGCGGGAAGACCGCGGUGUUCUCAGGGACGUAUUCAAAAGAGGUGCUCGAAACAUCAAAGCUCAUCCGGUCGGGCUACGCCGGCAUGAACCAAGUGCGCAAGAAGGCGCUGAACCUGCGGCCCUACGACUUCAUGGACUUCCGCCUCCGCGGUGACGGCAACACCUACCUGGCCAACGUGCGGCUGGACCAGCUGACGGGCGGGGACGAGGAGGUGUGGCAGACCACACUCAAGACAAGGCCGGGCGAGUGGCAGGACGUGCGUCUGGACUUCCGGGACUUUGUGUUCACCUUCCGCGGCCGGCUGGUCACACACCAUGCGCCUGGGUCGGUGGGCAUGCCGCGGCACAACAUCAUUGCGCUGGGCCUGACCAUGGCCGCCAGUGAGGACAUGCCGCCGGAGGGGACCUUCCGCCUGGAGCUGGAGUCCGUCAUCGCCGGAGCCUACACGCUCAGCGGCGGCGCAGCGGCGCGCAAGGCGUUCGCGGGCUACCAUCAGUUUAGGGAGGACGCAGGAGGCGGAGGUGGUGGGAGAGGCGGCGGAGGCGGGGUCGGGGGUGCGGGGGACCUGGAGGACAUGCCGCGUGUGCAGCCGCCGCCCAUUGCCGGGCCGGACGACCCGCGCCCGCCCGCGUGAGCGGCCAGGGGGCCAGGUGUGCGUGUGCACGCCAGGGCGCACUGAAGGAACCGCGCAUAUCUGGGGGUGCGCACGGAAGGGCGGUAGGCCGACAGGGGUAGGGCCGGUGUUGGAUGCACGCUCAACUCAGCUCCCGGUGGUCCCGGGUGCUUCCAGAGCGUGCCCCGGGUCCGUGCGCUUGUGUGUUCGACUUCAGCUCGUGAGGGUUAGACGCGAGCUUAGCGCAUUUGAUAGGGCGGAUGGGCGGAUGAGCGCUGAUGUGAUACCCGCACGGCGCAGCGCCGCCCAGAGUUCAGAGAUGCGUUUACUUCGUGAAUGAUAAGGGAGAACGGUUCGCUUCAAUCCAAGGGAAGGGAAGAGCCUCAUUGCUGGAAUACUGAAAUAGCCUCAUCUCCCGGACACAGCCGGAGUACGUUCGUGUUAGCGAAGGGUUCGCCA